AUGGCUUUGCCAGUAUUACCUCCGAAAAGAAAAGAAAUUUACAAAUACGAGGCAUCAUGGCCAUUGUAUUCCAUGAACUGGUCUGUUCGGCCAGACAAACGAUUUCGUUUGGCUCUGGGAAGUUUUGUAGAGGAAUAUAACAAUAAAGUGCAAAUUGUUUCAUUGGAUGAAGAUACAUCAGAAUUUACUUCCAAAAGUGCUUUUGAUCACCCUUAUCCAACUACAAAAAUUAUAUGGAUUCCAGACAGUAAAGGUGUUUAUCCUGACUUAUUGGCAACUAGUGGUGAUUACCUUAGAGUGUGGAGAGCUGGAGAACCAGAAACAAGACUAGAAUGUGUGUUAAAUAAUAAUAAAAACUCAGACUUUUGUGCCCCCCUAACUUCUUUCGAUUGGAAUGAAGUAGACCCUAAUCUAAUAGGAACCUCUAGUAUAGACACCACUUGUACAAUUUGGGGUCUAGAAACUGGUCAAGUUUUAGGUAGAGUAAAUUUAGUUACUGGACAUGUAAAAACACAGCUUAUAGCUCAUGACAAAGAAGUGUACGAUAUAGCAUUCAGUAGAGCUGGAGGAGGAAGGGAUAUGUUUGCCUCAGUGGGAGCUGAUGGAUCAGUUAGGAUGUUUGACCUUCGACAUUUAGAGCAUUCAACAAUAAUAUAUGAAGAUCCUCAGCACACUCUUUAUCCUAAUUACUUGGCUACAGUUGCAAUGGAUGCUUGUGAAGUUAUAAUUUUAGAUGUAAGAGUUCCAUGCACACCCGUAGCAAGAUUGAAUAAUCACAGAGCAUGUGUAAAUGGUAUAGCAUGGGCUCCUCAUUCUUCAUGUCACAUUUGUACUGCUGGAGAUGAUCAUCAAGCUCUUAUUUGGGAUAUACAACAAAUGCCCAGAGCAAUUGAAGACCCAAUAUUAGCAUAUACAGCAGCCGAAGGAGAAAUAAAUCAAAUUCAGUGGGGUGCGACUCAACCUGACUGGAUAGCUAUAUGUUAUAAUAAAGCAUUAGAAAUCCUUAGGGUGUAA